UCUUCGACGACUGUGACUGGCAAAGGAAGGGAGAUUCCAUAGAAUUGAGUCCAUGGAAGGGUGGGCGUAAAAUGAUGAAGAACAGAGAAUCCACGCUUUGCUCCAUUAACGUUCUCCUCCUUCUUGGAGCUCUGAUUCCUCCAGGUUUCAAGUCCACAAAUAUAGCGAUGGCGAUUGAAGAUGAAGAUUCAAUGGCUCUGUUACCAUUUGGAUCUGCGUCUCGCUUUGGCAGCUUCACCGCCGGUUGCAGAAGCCCAAGUGUUGGAAAUAUGCACAUUGGAGUUUGUUAUGGGCAAUUAGGAAACAAUCUUCCCUCCACAAGAGAAGUUGUGGCUCUCUUCAACCAAUACAACAUUAGAAAUAUUAGACUCUACGAUCCCAAUAGAGCUUCACUCAACGCUCUUAGUGGCUCCAACAUUGAGCUCAUGCUUGGCCUCCCCAACUCUGACCUCCAAACAAUCGCUUCCAGCCAAGAACAAGCCAAUGCAUGGGUUCAUAACAACAUCAUAACCUUCCCUAACGUCAAAUUCAAGUACAUUGUUGUAGGCAAUGAAGUCCAACCCUCGAGUCCCGACGUCGAGUUUGUCGUCCCGGCCAUGAAGAACAUCUAUACCGCACUUUCUACUAACGCCUUGGUUGAUCAGAUCAAAGUUUCCACCGCCGUUGACACUGGCAUCCUUGGUACUUCCUUCCCUCCUUCUAGUGGCUCCUUCACAAAAAAUGCUCGAUUACUACUCGACCCCAUCAUUCGUUUUCUCAAUGACAAUCGCUCGCCGCUACUUGUCAACUUGUACCCUUACUUCAGCUACGCUGCCAACUCGAGAAACAUUCGAUUGGACUAUGCUCUUUUCACAGCGCCAUCGACGGUGGUCACCGAUGGCCAGUUUAGUUAUCAUAAUUUGUUUGAUGCAAUUGUUGAUGCUAUUUAUGCUGCAUUGGAGAAGGCGGAUGGGAAAAAUUUGGAGAUCGUGAUAGCGGAGAGUGGGUGGCCGACGAUGGGGGGUACAGCAGCGUCGGUCGACAAUGCAAGGUCUUACAUCAACAAUUUGAUUCGACAUGUCAAGGGAGGGACUCCUAGGCGUCCGAAAAAAUCGAUUGAGACUUAUAUUUUUGCCAUGUUCGAUGAGAACCAAAGGAAUAAUUCCGAGAUGGAGAAGCAUUUUGGUCUCUUCUCUCCAAACAUGCAACCUAAAUAUCCUGUCAACUUCAAUUGAGAGUAAGGUGGGUGGGUGGUGCAGAGACAAGAAGCAGUCAGUAUCAUCUUGGUUGAAUUUUGAGGCCACACAAGAGUCAACAUGCCUCCAACACCGCAGAAGAGAUAUCAUUUCUAUACCAUCUCAUCAUGCCUUCAUCAAUCUUCUCCAACUUUUGCUCUCUUUCUCUACUCCUUCUUAUAAGUUCUGGUGAAACAGGAUUGAAGUCGAGUAAUAUGGCGAUGGCGAUGGUGAUUCAAGAUGAGGAUUACACGGCUCUUUUACCGUUUGGACUUACGUCGGGUAUCAUCGGCAGCUUCAUUCCUGAAUGUCGUGUCUCUCUUCCUAAUGGUACUCUUUCUCAUCACUUGUUUCACUUUUAUAUCUUCGAGUUUUGAGCUUGAUGCUUCUGAAUAUAGUGUUCGAGGAAUCGAUUUAGAAACAAAGUUAAAAUAGAUCUGAUUGGGAUAAUGGGUUGGGUUAA